AUGCGCCCCCCGCCCGCGCUGGCCCUGGCCGCGCUCUGCCUGCUGGCCCUGCCCGCCGCCGCCGCCGCCGCCUACUUCGGGUCAGUGCCCGCCGCGCCCCGGCCCGCCUGCCUUCCCCUCCUCCCGCUGCAGCAAGGCCAACUUUUCCCUUCCGCUGGCCCUGGCCCCGGCGAGAUCUCGAACUCAGACUUUAGCCCCGGUGGUACCCAGCCCCAUCUCGGGGUCGGAGUUCGCUCCCAGAGCUCCUUCUCUGGCUUCCCCGACUCGGACCCGGAUCGCACCUUCUGGCGUCCGAGCUCUGGUCCCCUUCACCGCCGCUUUUCUCACCCUGUCCUGUCCGAGACCUCAUCCCGUCCCCUCGGCCGGGUCUCAGACCCCCACCCAAGCUCCCGGACUCUGCAGGCGUUUCGGACCUUGUCGCCGUCCUCCCCGGGGCUCCCUGUCCCUGCCUGUCCAAGGCGUCCCUCCCGCGCUCGGAUGCCCUCUCGGAUCCUCACUCGCCUGACCGGGCGGGAGGUCCUGACACCCUUCCCGGGUCUGGGCACCGCCCCUGCCCCAGCACAGGGUGGGGCCCACCUGAAGCAGUGUGACCUCCUGAAGCUGUCCCGCCGGCAGAAGCAGCUCUGCCGGCGGGAGCCAGGCCUGGCUGAGACCCUGCAGGAUGCCGCACACCUCAGCCUGCUCGAGUGCCAGUUUCAGUUCCGGCAUGAGCGCUGGAACUGCAGCCUAGAGGGGAGGACGGGGCUGCUCAAGAGAGGUUUCAAGGAGACGGCCUUCCUGUACGCGGUGUCUUCGGCUGCCCUCACGCACACUCUGGCCCGGGCCUGCAGCGCCGGGCGCAUGGAGCGCUGCACCUGUGAUGACUCUCCAGGCCUGGAGAGCCGGCAGGCCUGGCAGUGGGGCGUGUGCGGCGACAACCUCAAGUACAGCACCAAGUUCCUGAACAACUUCCUGGGGCCCAAGAGAGGAAGCAAAGACCUGCGGGCCCGGGUGGACGCCCACAACACCCACGUGGGCAUCAAGGCCGUGAAGAGUGGCCUCAGGACCACGUGUAAGUGCCACGGCGUGUCGGGCUCCUGCGCCGUGCGCACCUGCUGGAAGCAGCUCUCCCCAUUCCGCGAGACAGGCCAGGUGUUGAAGCUGCGCCACGACUCCGCCGUCAAGGUGUCCAGUGCCACCAACGAGGCCUUGGGCCGCCUGGAGCUGUGGGCACCGGCCAGAGCAGGCAGCUCCACCAAGGGCCCGGCCCCACGGCCUGGGGACCUGGUCUACAUGGAGGACUCACCCAGUUUCUGCCGGCCCAGCAAGUACUCGCCCGGCACAGCGGGCAGGGUGUGCUCCCGGGAGGCCAGCUGCAGCAGCCUAUGCUGCGGGCGGGGCUAUGACACCCAGAGCCGCCUGGUGGCCUUCUCCUGCCACUGCCAGGUGCAGUGGUGUUGCUACGUGGAGUGCCAGCAGUGCGUGCAGGAGGAGCUUGUGUACACCUGUAAGCAUUAG